GUGUGACCUCAUGUGACAUGUGACGGCAGAGAGCUCCGACCCAACCAACAGGACCUGGGAGUCGCCUCAUCGAUGUGUGAGGGAGGCCGCGUCGGCCGCCAAGAGCCACCUGAAGGUAAAUCCAGCCGAGCCUGCAGGGACCCCUCCGCCUGCAACGCCACCUCUGCCAGUGCUACCAUCUCCGCCACCUCUUCCACCUCCGCCCUCGACCCCGACGAGUUCUGCCAACCGCCAGAGACACAUACCAACACCAGCACGGACGCUGGCACAACCACCGGCACAGACAGCAACGUGGACCCUGGCACAAACGCCAACACGGACAGCAGCCCGGGCUGCACUACCAGCCAGAAUGGCAUCUAACAGCAUUUUUGACUCCUUCUCCACUUACUCCAGCAGCUUCUUGAGAGACCCAACAACUACCAGACGGUUCACACCGCCUUCGACGUCGUUCCCCUGCAGCAAGAUCGGAGACGGCACCGGGCCUAUGGGCACUCCUGGACCGGUGAGAGCUCGUAACGAAGCCCGUACUGUGGUGGACGUGCUGGCGGACCACGCAGGCGAGCUGGUUCGCACGGACAGCCCGAACUUUCUCUGCUCCGUGCUGCCGUCGCAUUGGCGGUGUAACAAAACGCUGCCUGUGGCAUUCAAGGUGGUGGCGCUCGGCGAUGUUCCUGACGGGACGCUGGUCACGGUGAUGGCCGGUAAUGAUGAGAACUACUCGGCGGAGCUGAGGAACGCCUCCGCCGUCAUGAAGAACCAGGUCGCCAGAUUCAACGACCUGCGGUUCGUGGGAAGGAGCGGCCGAGGAAAGAGCUUCACCCUGACGAUCACAGUAUUCACCAGUCCGCCACAAGUGGCCACUUACCAUCGCGCCAUCAAGGUGACCGUGGAUGGACCCAGGGAGCCCAGGCGACACCGGGUGAAGCUGGAGGACUCCCAGAAGUUCUCGGAGCGUCUCACGGAACUGGAGCGCUUCCAGAGGGCGGGCCUGAGGAUGGGAGCCGGGAACGGCAAUCCCCGCCCCAGCCACCAGGGGCACUUCAGCCAGAGUGCUUCAUCGCAGCUGCAAGCACUGUGGCCCGAACAGAUCGACACCCCAAAUCUACCCAUCAAAACGUGCAAGGUGGAGGAUGACCUGAGGUGGUCAGGCCCCACAGACCUGUUUCCCCAGCGGACCUCCUUCCCAUCGCUGUCCCCCCUAACAGAUCCCCGCUUCUCUGACCCGCGGAUGCACUACCCUGGUGCCUUCUCCUACUCAGCCAGCCCAUCGGAUCAGGCUCGGGGCAUCGGCAUGUCCGCCAUGUCGGCAUCCUCGCGCUACCACACCUACCUGCCGCCGCCAUACCCGGGCAACCAGAACCAGAGCGGACACUUCCAGGCCAACUCGUCCCCUUAUCACCUGUACUACGGCAGAUCCGGCUCCUACCAGUUUUCCAUGGUGGCGGCAGGGGGGACCGCUCCCCCAGCCGCAUAGCUGUCCUCCUGCAGGGCCGCCAGCACGGCCUCUGCGGGCAGCAACAACCUGAUGAACCCGGUGCUGAGCAGCCAGAGCGACGGCGUGGAGGCCGACGGCAGCCACAGCAACUCGCCACCAGCAAUCUCCACCCCUGGGAGGAUGGACGAGUCCGUCUGGAGGCCAUACUGAGCUGCACCUCCAUCAGACGUCAGGGAGAGGCGCGGACCAUCUAAAACCAAAGAAAACAGCCCGCGGAAACCUCGCCAAAGACGUCCGUGUUGAGAAAUCUAGUGGUGCAUGUUUGUCCCCCCC